ACAGCUGGUUCAGCAUGUGGUGUGACGCUGUUCAUCGUAUAAGAAUCAAGCAAUUGCCAAGUAGCGGCUAGUGGAACCAGUCGAGAGCCCCGGCGCGCCCGCCCGUCUUUAAAAUCAAUAGAUACUCUAUUUAAGUCGUUGUGGAGGAGAGCUAGCAGGCAAUUUUCAUUUUGCCCUGCUCUGAACAAUGAAAUCGCAAGCGGCAGACACCGAUGCAUUAGUAAUCAAGUUGUUGUUUUUUGUUCUGGUUUGUCCGGGAAAUUGCUAUGGUAGUCUACGCUGUGCGAUAUCGUCGAAUGUGUGCUGCUGCAACGACACCCAAUUGGUGGUGACCUUCAAUGGCCUUGUCUAGUUGGGCACAAUGGUAGCAACCACAUCCACGGACACGAUAGUCGUGUCACCGCCGGCCGUCAUGGAAGACGUACAACCCCCGGUCACACCUGACGAUGAGGUCUCGCCACUGGACGAUGAUGAUAGCGACGAGGUCCUCGACAUCGAUCAAGAUGAUGUUCAAUCCUUCAUUCAACCAGCAUUGAGCCCUGUGGCAACUAGACUUUCCUUGUCUAGAACCCCGGCUGCUGAAAAGGCUGCCGCGAUGGACAAGUUGCCAGGAGGCGGGCUGUUUGAUAUAGUUGAAAAUACACCAACUGCCAAGCCGACGUCCCCUCCCUCUUCACAGCCUCCAGUAUAUGAUGCCGUUACGCCGCGCUCCUCACUCGUAACACGCCCGCAGAGGACCUUUACUCUUAGCCAACUACCUUCAAGCUUGCCCUACGUGGGUAAGUUCCCGUCACCAUGGGUUUCAGGCCCCAAGGAAUUAGUCGUAGAUAACGAAUCUGGUUCCAAGUCUGCCAUGGCUGGAGUUUUCAGCUUAAACCGUAGCCAACGAUCUUCUUCAGGGGGUCAAGACACGCUUAAGAGGUUACGUGAGGCUUUGCCAUCUAUAUCGCUUCCCUCUCUCUUUUCUACGACAUCACUUUCGAAGAGCACCGAGUCCGACAUCAAGGCGUCAGUCACUUCGAGUGAUGGAGCGGCAGAAUCGAAACAAAUCCACUCACCUUUAAAAUACACCACAAGCCAAGAUAAUUUGACAUCAGCGGAUAUGUCUAACCCCUCAGGGGAAAGGCUGCCUACAUCGCGAGCGCCCUCUUCAAUACGAUCAAGCCGGCCUCGGGUGUUGCGAAGGUCGACGUCUGACGAGUCCAUGCUUUACCAUUCCCUAUCUAGGGUAUCGUCUUAUGGCGACGAUGAUCGAUGGGACCACAUUCGAGAACAGAGGAAUAGUAGACUAAAAGCAAUUACGGAUAGCUGGGAUAGACCAACGUUUAAGCUACCGCAACUGCCUAAAAUCAUUCCAGCACCAUUGAAAAGAAACUCCCUGCUUGGCCUUGAAACAUCGGAAGCAUCUCAACAUGACCAGCUGCGAUCCAUUACCGAGACCAAAGACAGCAAUCUCUCCGAAAUCGAUCGUGCCCUUGAAAAUCUCACCGGGGACAUCGUCGUCAUGGGUGGUUAUCGUGGUUCUGUACUCAGAUCAACAAGAACAAGGCGUCAGAUUUGGGUUCCAGUAAAAUUAGGACUCAACAUCCGAAAAGUCAACCUUGAAGUUGGUUUGGAUCCAGAAGAUGAGGAAAGGAUGGAAGAGACGGUUUAUUCAUCUGGAAUGCUUCAAAAUAUAGGGCCUGUGGACAUUUCAAGACGACUUAUCCGGAAGUUAAGGGAAUGUGAAAAUGCAAAGACAGGAAAGCUGCGAGUCUGGGAUUAUGGCUAUGAUUGGCGUCUUUCCCCACAUCUGCUCUCCCGUAAAUUGAUCGACUUCUUGCGUCACCUGCCUUCAAACCACGGCUUGGAAACCCACCAAGAGAGAGGCGCCACUGUUAUUGCUCACAGUCUCGGUGGUCUCAUUGCACGUCACGCUGUAAACCAAAGACCAGAGCUUUUCGCUGGUGUAAUCUACGCAGGUACCCCUCAAAAGUGCAUCAAUGUUUUGGGACCUCUCAGGAAUGGUGAUGCAGUUCUCUUUAAUGAAAAGGUCCUAACAGCACAGGUCAACUUCUCCCUAAGGACCAGUUUCGUAUUCCUACCAGAGGAUGGAUUCUGUUUCAUUAACAAGUACACAGGGGAGGAAUACCCUGUUGACUUCUACGACCCCCAGGAAUGGGUCAAGUAUGCCUGGUCACCUUGUAUUGAGCCAGCAUUACCCGCCUACAAUUCCCGCAGCUCGGCCCGAAACUCACUACGAGAUCUCUCAGAGAGACUGCCCUCACCGCUCCGAAGCAGAGGUAACAGCGCCGCCGGGGACAUGCGCCCGUCUCACGUGCCCAAUCGUGCCCUAGUGGCCGAGGCAAUCAGAAAAGUAGAAGUAUCACACGAUCGCACUCUGGCGCCACAAAUGGGAACCUUAUCGAGCGAGAGCGGUAGCGGUAGCAACGCGCAACAGCAACAGUUCAACGCCUCCGAACAGCGUGACAAGAACAUGGCGUACCUCACGCGCACGCUGGCGGAGAUCAAGCGCUUCCGCGCCGAAACCGCCCAUCAGCCACAGCAUACUGAGUCGAACUCCUACCCGCCAUUAGCCGUUAUCUAUGGGAAAGACAUACCCACGGUGUGGGCCGCUAACGUAACCUGCCGCGAGGCCAUCGUAUGCAAUGAUGCGUACGACGACCUCGUCUUCCGAAGCGGCGAUGGCGUCGUCCUCGCCAAGGAAGCCAUGCUGCCGGAUGGAUACGAGCUGGUGAGGGGUGGAAGGAUCAGUACGGACCGCGGGCAUAUUACUAUCCUCGGCGAUCUCGAGUCCGUGGGCAAGGCCCUGCAGGCUGUUAUUCGUGGUCGACGGAAGGGUAUUGGCCUCAAAGGCGGGCCAAUUGCUGUUGAAAAGAAUGGCGAGCAGCUCAUGUAAGAGUACAAUGUGAGUGCUCGGUCUGGGCAUGUAUGAUGUCCAUGGCGCGCAUGGCAUCCACGAAUAAGCCUCGGCGCUGUGGAAUACGGGCAAAGUCAACAACAGUGUAUGGUAAUGGCCAUCACGAGGAAAUAUAGAG